GCUGGCACAAACCGUUCGGGGGUUAGUGUUUCUGAAACUUCAACGGUAUGAAGUUGGUAUCGGUUGUAGCCGUCGUUUGUGUGGUGCUAGGUUUAGCCCAAACUAAUGAAGUGCAUCGGACGUACGACGCCGAUGGGCAGCACAAACUUCCGAAGCGUACGUCUCCGAAAGAUGCUCGCUAUGAAGAGAUCGAAACCACUUCCGAGUAUUGGCAGCAGCAGGCUCAGGACUUACUAAAGUUGAAACUAGCCGAGAAGCCUGUGGUAGCGCAAGCCAAGAAUGUUAUCCUUUUCCUAGGAGAUGGAAUGUCUCCGCAGACGGUAGCUGGCGCACGGAUGUACCUUGGUAACGAGAACAAAACGCUAUCAUUUGAAGAGUUCCCGUAUCUCGGAACGGCUAGACCGUACUGCGUAAAUCGUCAAGUGGCGGAUUCGGCUUGUACGGCUUCAGCUUAUCUAUCCGGAGUGAAAACCAACUACGGAAUGAUUAAUGUUGCGCCACAUGUUCCCCGAUCCAGCUGCGACUACAAUCGAACUGAGGCGGAGUUCAAAGGGUUAAUGCAGUGGGCCCAGGAGAGUGCCAAAGCUACCGGAGUGGUGACCAACACCCCCAUAACCGAUGCUAGUCCUUCGGGUGCUUAUGCUAGCAUAGCGACACGUGACUGGGAAAACAAUCAAAAGGUGUUAGACGAUGGUUGUGAUCCUAAUGAAUAUCCGGACAUUGCACAUCAGUUAAUCCACGGUGAGGUGGGUAGCAAGUUGAACGUUAUUUUUGGUGGCGGUCGACAGCAUUUUCGACCCACUAGCGUUGUGGAUGAGAACGGAUAUAAUGGCGCUCGAACUGAUGGUCGUGAUUUAAUUCAAGAAUGGCUUGCCCUGCAUCCUAGUCGAGCAGAGUACGUUUAUAAUAAGAUUGGCCUGCAAGCGGUUGACACCAAUAACACCGAUCACCUACUGGGCCUUUUUCACACUGAUUACCUUUGGUACAAUUUGGAAAUCGAAGCGCUGGACCUACACGAAACGGAACCAAAACUGUGGGAGCUGGUUGAGGUGGCCAUCAACAUGCUGAAGAAAAGUGAAACCGGAUAUGUGCUGUUCGUGGAGGGCGGACGAAUCGACAAUGCUCAUCACGGCACGAGAGCCCGGCUUGCGCUGGACGAAACGGCACAAUUCUCGGAAGCUAUCGAUUUCGCCCGGAAAGCUACCAGCAUUGACGACACGCUGAUACUGGUGACGGCCGAUCACAGCCACACGAUGAUGUACAACGGGUACGCGCAUCGUGGCAGCGACAUUCUGGGCAUCGCGGACAUCAGCGACGAGGACGGUUUGCCGUACACCACACUGAGUUACGCCAACGGGGGCGGAUACUACGACACCUACACCGCGGAAAACCGUGCCGUCCGAGCGGACAUUAGCGGAUUGGAUUGGACCCAUCGGGAUGCACGCUAUCUGGCCACCUGGCCUAUGGGUUUGGAGACGCACGGCGGCGAGGAUGUCGCAGUGUACACUAGCGGACCGAUGGCACACAUGUUUCAGGGUAACUUCGAGCAGCAUGUCAUACCGCAUUUGAUUGCGUACGCUGCUAAAAUCGGCCAGUAUCGAGAGGAAGAAAAGACGACGGAAAAUCCGGGGGGCACCGGGAGCUCUGUUCUAGGUUGCCUUCGGUUGACAGUGAUUUGUUUGUUCAUUGUUUUAGGUAGUUUUUGUUCUGUUUAUAAAAAAAUAGAUUGAUUGUACUUAUUUUGCCGUGCAAAAUUAUCAAAAUUUAUUAUGAACUAGCUGACCCGGCAAACUUCGUCCCGCCUUUUUUAGUGUUUAAUUUAAUAAUUUUAAACAUUUCAAAUUCAUUGAUUCCUUGCGAUUGGAUUAUAUCGUUUAAAAAUGAUUGGUUUUAUCGGAAUGACAACAUCCUCGACUUUUAGCUUUUGUACAUGACCUCUAUUCCGGAUAUUUAUUGGGUGCAUUUCAGUUAUUUUCGUUGUUUUCCAGAAACUGAAAGUGGUCAACUUCUAAUUCAAAAUGGAGUCCAGGGUCAAUGCUUCUCUACAUCAUUUCCAUAUGUAGUAGUAUUCGGUUAUUUUCGGCUGUUUCCCAGAAGUUGCCAUUUCAUAUUUUCAACUGUUGUCCAAAGUCAAUUUUAAGCUCCUUGCAUCAUUCUGGAUCCGGUGAUACUCAUAUUGGGUAAUAUUUGGUUCUUUGGGCUAUUUUUCAGGAACCGUAAGUCGCCAUCUUGGAUUUAAAAACGGCAUUUGGAGACAAUUUCUGGCCCCUGAGCGUCAUUCUGGUUAAGUUAUUUUCGGCUGUUAUCCAGAAACCGGAUGUCACAAUCUUCGAAUUCAAAAUGGUGUCUGUGGUCGAUUCUAGCUACUGUGUAUCAUUCUGGUUCCGAAGAUACUCAUAUUGUAUAGAAAUCGGCCAUUUAUGGCUGUUUUUUAGAAACCGGAAGUUGCCAUCUUACAAUUCAUAAUGGUGUCUGAGGUCAAUUUUCAGCUUCAUUCUCGUUCCAGAGAUACUCGUAUUGGAUGGUAUUUGUUCACUUUAGGCUGUUUUCCGGACACCGGAAGUCGCCAUCUUACAAAUCAAAAUGUUGUCUGAGGUUGAUAGGUCGAUUUGUGGCUUCAAUGCAUCAUAACAAUCCCGAAAAUACCCAUAUUGGGUGGUAUUUGGUCAUUUUCGGCAGUUUUUCAGAAACCGGAAGUCGCCAUCUUGGAUUUCAAAAUGGCAUUUGUAAACAAUUUCAGGCAUCCGUGCGUCAAUCUGGUUAAAGGAACACUCAUAUUGGGUGGUAUUUGGUCAUUUUCGGCUGUUUUCCAAACACCGGAAGUCGCCAUCUUACAAUUCGAAAUUUUGUCUGAGGUCGAUUUGUGGCUUCAGUGCAUCAUAACAACCCCGGAAAUACCCAUACUUGGUGGUAUUUGGUCAUUUUCGGCUAUUUUUCAGAAACCGGAAGUCGCCAUCUUGGAUUUCAAAAUGGCAUUAGAAAACAAUUUUUGGCGUCAAUCUGGUUGAUGAAACACUCAUAUUGUGUGGUAUUUGGUCAUUUUCAGCUGUUUUCCAGACACCGGAAGUCGCCUUCUUACAAUUCAAAAUGUUGUCUGAGGUUGAUAGGUCGAUUUGUGGUACAAUGCAUCAUAACAAUCCCGAAAAUACCCAUAUUGGGUGGUAUUUGGUCAUUUUCGGCUGUUUUUCAAAAACCGGAAGUCACCAUCUUGGAUUUCAAAAUGGCAUUUGUAAACAAUUUCUGGCCUCUGAGCGUCAAUCUGGUUAAAGGAACACUCAUAUUGGGUGGUAUUUGGUCAUUUUCGGCUGUUUUCCAAACACCGGAAGUCGCCAUCUUACAAUUCAAAAUUUUGUCUGAGGUCGACUUGUGGCUUCAGUGCAUCAUAACAAUCCCGGAAAUACCCAUAUUGGGUUGUAUUUGGUCAUUUGCCGCUAUUUUUCAGAAACCGGAAGUCGCCAUCUUGGAUUUCAAAAUGGCAUUAGGAGACAAUUUUUGGCCUCUGAGCGUCAAUCUGGUUGAAGAAACACUUAUAUUGUGUGGUAUUUGGUCAUUUUCGGCCGUUUUCCAGAUACCGGAAGUCGCCAUCUUACAAUUCAAAAUGUUGUCUGAGGUCGAUUUGUGGUUCAGUGCAUCAUAACAAUUCCGGAUAUACCCAUGUUGGGUGGAAUUUGGUCAUUUGCCGCAAUUUUUCAGAAACGGGAAGUCGCCAUCUUGGAUUUCGAAAUGGUAUUUGGAGACAUGCCAGAAGAAGGAAGGGUGUCGGAACAUUAUGGACAUGUUUGUUACACCUAAUAACAUUCACCUGCAAAAUUUGGUUAUAUUCGCUUGAUUGGUUCUCGAGCUGUGCGAAAUUUGAGUUUCAUUUGUAUGGGACACCUCCCUUAUAGAAGAGAGAAGGGUGUCAAACCAUUAUGGAUAUAUUUGUUACCCCUAAAAACAAUCACCUGCCAAAUUUGGUUCCAUUUUGUUGGUUAGUUCUCGAGAUAAGCAGAAAGUUUUGUUUCAUUUGUUAUAAACCCCUCCCUCACAGAAGAGAGAAGGGAGUCGAACCACUAUGGACAUACUUGUUACCUCUAAAACCAUUCACAUACCAAAUUUGGUUGUAUUUGGUUGAUUGGUUCUCGAGCUGUGUGAAAUUCGUGUUUCAUUUGUAUGGGACCCCUCCCUUGUAGAAGAGGGAGGGGUGUCAAACCAUUAUGGAUAUAUUUGCUACCCCUAAAAACAUCCACCUAGCAAAUUUGGUUCUAUUUACUUGGUUAGUUCUCGAGAUGUGCAGAUAUUUGUGUUUCAUUUGUAUGGGACCCCUCCCUUACAGAAGAGAGAAGGGUGUCGAAUCAACAUGGAUAUAUUUGUUACUCCUAAAAACAUCCACAUGCCAAAUUUGGUUCCAUUUGCUUGGUUAGUUUUCGAGAUGUGCAGAAAUUUGUGUUUCAUUUGUAUGGGACCCCUCCCUUCCAGAAGAGGGAGGGGUCUCAAACUAUCUUAGUCACCUUUCUCGGCCCCUAACACCCCUAUAUACAAAAUUUCACGCCGAACGGUUCAGUAGUUUUCAAGCCUAUAUGGAACAGACAGACAGACAGACAGAGCUGCAUUUUUAUAUGUAUAGAUAAAGAAUUCUGUAAUCAGCUCGUAGUCGGCAGCGAGGAUAAAAAAUUUGCUUUUAGUUUUUAAGUCACCAGAUAUAAUUGGCGCCGUUAAACAUUAAAUUGUAUUUGUGCCGUGUCAAAU